CUGGUAUGCCCAAAACGGCAACCUGGAUUAAGCGGGCUAUAAAGCCGGAUCGUUCAUACUAAUAGCAGUAAGUAUCACCCUCACUCAUACCAUGGCCCCCCUUCGCGCACACAGCCCACAAUCUCCUACAUCUCCAUCUCCAAUGCGUCCCAAGAAGACUGUGGUGCUCCCAGGCUUUCGCGCACCUCCAAAGCCCAAACCCAAGCCCAUCACCCAAAUGACUGUGCGAGAACUACAUGACCAGCACGAUCGGAAUGCAAGACUGUUAAACUCGUCAUCAGCCUGCACGUCUGCCCUCGGACAACGCCUUUCGGCCGAGCAAACAGCCAUCGAAUCUCGCCUGCUCGAACUCGAGGGCGUCGAAGAAAUUCGCAAAGGUCUUAAGAAGACCAAUAUCAAUGCCGACGAGAUCAUGAAUGUCGACCAGCCGCACGUGCCUCGUGUAAUCGAUGCCAAGCAGAGGGCAUUGUCUCGCUACGCACCCAUCGCGCCCAAUGGCGCUCACCACGUCGGUUCCCUGAGCUUACAGGAAGCAGUGGAGCUGGAGAAACGUGCCCAUGUUCAAGACGCAGCGAGACAACAACGAUUAGAUGAACGCAAGAAGCGCAUAGGGCUCCCAACCAGAGGGGAAGUCCUUUCCAGAGCAGAAAUGGAUGCACGGAUGUGGGCCUUCGUCAACUACAAGCCGACGGACUCUGACCUCGAAGACGAUAUGGACGAGGACGAUGAAGAUGACGAAGACCCGUCAAUGUGGUUUGAAGAUGACCAGGAUGACGGUGUCAAAGGUCAAGACAUUAUCGAACCGGACUAUGAAGAACUCUCUAGUGUUAUACGGGUCGACGAGAGCAGAGCGCGAUACAGCACCUUCUUCGAACCCAGGGAUGGUGAUUGACAUGCAUAGCAUAAUAUGUAAUACCAUAUAAUAUGUGAGGAUGUGCACUAUUUUACUUGUAGUCGUUAUUAUGUGACGUGUUAGAGAAAGUGUGCAUGUGAUCCAAGAGUAUUCGAUCAGCAGAACUAGGUAUGGAAGGCCUAUGCAUGUUUCUUCUAACGCGCGUGAACGGGACAGCUUCUGCCUCUCUGCAACCACGAGGACAAGCAAGCUGGAUUGAACAUUGAUCAGCAAGGCUGUGCUUACUGAAGGUAAGUGGCUCACGAACCAUUGUGGAAACUACAGAAGCAG